CCUUUGAAGCUUCUAUCCUAUAGACUAACUGUUAAAUUCCAAGCCAAACCUUUCAAGCUUCUAUCCUAAUCCUGGAACUCUAUUGGGUUUUUGGUACACUCAGAUUAACAUCCCACAGUUGUGAAAAUACUCUAUAAGUAGGCAUCAGCUAGAGCGUUAAGAAGCACAAACUAAACAAAAUAAAAGUGGGUAUUCUUGAAAUUGAGCAAGUAGAGUGCUAACGUGGCAAAUAGCAGCAUGGGUGUUAAGGAAGCAUUUCUGGUAAUGUUAGCAGUGUGUUCCAUGUUCGUUGUUGUUCCUCAUGUAUAUGCAAAGAUAUCAUGCGAGCAAGUGACGUUGCUACUGACUCCAUGCAUCCCCUAUGGUGUAUUUGGAGGGGACGUGCCACCAGCUUGUUGUUCAGGAAUCAAAGAAUCGCUUGCACUUGCCAAUACGACAGAAGAUCUAAGGCUUAAAUGCCAAUGCGUCAAGGAAGGUGCUGCUAAGAUCCCUGGCCUCAAUUAUACAAGGGUUAACGAGCUUCCUGCUAAAUGUGGAACUACUUCUCCAUACGUAGUUAGCCCCAAUACUGACUGCUCCAAGAUCACAAAACCAUCAUAGGAAGCGAAUAUGCUCGAGGCAGAGCUUGAGAAGCUAGAGUUCUUCUCUAGCAAGUUAUAAUACAAUACGAAUAAAAGUCUAGUCGUUUUGGUGUUGUUGUAUCAAUAAAAUGAUACUUGCAAUCAGAUGAUGCUAGUUAAAGCUAUAAUAUCAGAAAUUAAAAUUAUAUAAUUUCAUGUUCUUGUC